UCUUUCUUUCUUUUUUUUUGCUAAUUUGGCAUCUGCUAAGGUUUUUUUAUGCCAAUUUGGAGCUUAGCUAAUAUUUUAGCAACAUGCUAACGUUUUUAGCUAAUUUGAAAUUUACUGAGGUUUAGAACUUAGCUUAACAUUAGCAACGGGCUAACUUUUUGACUAAUUUAGUCUGCUUACAAAGGAAUUUUAGGCUAUUUUGGAGUUUAGUUGGUAGCCAAUUUAAGCGACGAGCUAGCUUUUUUGGCUAAUUUGGAAUCUAGCUCAUAUUUAAGGAACACAUUAAAUAUUUUUACAAAAUUGUAUUAAGCAAUUUUACUACAAACUUUUCAGAGAUUUAGUUAAACGUUAGCACUCUUUCAUAGCUCUUUAAUUAAAUUUGCAGUCUUUUAGCAAAUUUGACAUUUAGCAAAUUGCUCUUGAUUUUCAGCAAAUCCCUUUAGAAAGUAAAUAGCUUCACCAAGUGAGCAAAAAGCAUUCACACUAUCGCAGCUAAUGGAACUUUUCUAGUAGAGGUUUAAUUUGAUAAAGGUUUAUCUUGUUUUUGGAAAAUAAUCAGUAAAGCUUUUGACCUUCUGUUGUUCCAAAAAGCGGGAUAAAAAUUCAGGAGAUUUGACUUUAGGUCAGAAAACUGCAGCAGAAGAUCUUCACUCCGAGAUUUGUUGCUAAAGAAGUUUGUCUCUAAAGUCAAUCAUUAGGAUGCUGCAGGAGAAAGAGAUGAUCUUAUAGCAUCUGUGGAGCUCCUGACAUCUGCAGCAGCUGCUGAAAUCUUUCAGCUUCAGCAUGAAAGAUGAAGGUUUGACUUCCAUCAAACUGAAGACCAAAGAACCGACUCUCUCCUGUUUAUUAUUGACGUAUUUGUGUGGAUCAGUAAAUAUUUUUUGUUUUUAAGGCUGGUGUUUCCCUGGCCUCUCGUCUUGCUUCCGUAUGCAGAUGAGUUGCAGGUUUCUCACAAACUUGGAUCUUCUGAGGGAUGAGGCUCCGCCCCCUUUGUGUGUGUGUUAUUUAAGUCCUUUCUCUCCAGCUGACCGCCUGAUUCCACAUCAAACCUGCAGCUGAAGAAACAGUCCGUAAGGCUGAGCGAAUCGUUUAACCAGAUUAACUUUACAAACUUCAUCUGUCUCUGAACUCCAGGAGCUGAAAUGAGUCACUUUUAUGUUUUGCUCACAGGGUUCCUCGUCUUCAUCUCUCCUCUGGAAUCAGGAUCUUCAGAAACCCCUCUGAUGGGGGGCGUGGUCUGUCAGAUGCAGAUCCGGUGGCGUGUGAGACUCGAGGAUCGGACCUGGAGCUGGAUGACGUGGUGGUGCUGUGUCCUGCGGGCUGCAGGCGGACCAGGAUGUCGGUGUUUGGGACGGGCCUGUAUGCUGCUGUGUCGUCCGUCUGUGGAGCUGCUCUGCACAGGGGGGCUCUGGGUCCGUCUGGGGGUCCCGUUAGAGUCCUGAAACAACGGGGGCAGCACAGCUACUCGAGCUCCUUCGCCAACGGGAUCCAGUCCCUGAGCCUGUCCCACUGGACCUCCUCCUUCAGCCUGUCCAAGAACAUGAACCCUCCUCUGGAGUUCACCGCUGAGACCCGGACCACAGCUCUGGCUGCAGAUGCACCACCAGCAAAGAAAACCUUGAAGAAACCUUCGCCAGUGAAGAAGGUCCAAACAGGUGGAAACAAAGACUGUCAGCUGGACAUCGCCGUGGUGAUGGACAGCAGCAGAAACAUCGGGCAGCGCAGGUUCAACCUGCAGAAGAACUUUGUUGCCAAACUGGCGGCCACGUUGAGAGUCGGAGCUUCAGGACCGCAUGUGGGUCUGGUCCAGGCCAGUGACUCCCCAAAGACAGAGUUUGUGUUGAGCAGCUACACUCAGCCCAAAGAACUGCUGUUUGCCAUCAAAGAGUUGACCUUCCUGGGAGGGGACACCAACACAGGUAAAGCCAUCCUCCACACGGCAGAAACCUUCUUCACCCAGGACAACGGCAUGAGGCGGGGUCACCCCCGGGUCAUGGUGGUGUUGAUCGACGGCUGGCCGUCCGAUGAUGUGGAACAGGCGGCCAUCUUGGCCCGAGAGAGCGGAAUCAACGUGUUUUUGGUGUCUGUAGCCAAACCGGCCGCCGAGGAGCUCAGCAUGGUGGCAGACAGAGACUUCAUGAAAAAGGCGGUGUGCAAAGAUAACGGUUUCUUCAGUUACUCCGUCCCCAGCUGGUUCAGCACCACCAAACAUGCCAGAUCUCUCGUGCAGAGACUCUGCUCUCUGGACAGUCUCCUCUGCAGUAAAACCUGCUACAACUCCGUGAACAUCGGCUUCCUCAUCGACGGCUCGUCCAGCGUCGGGCUGGAUAACUUCAGGAUGGUUCUGGACUUUCUGGCAGGAAUCGCUCAAAGCUUUGACAUCUCUGACGUCGGAGCUCAUGUCGGUGCGGUCCAGUUCACCUACGAUCAGAGGCUGGAGUUCGGUUUGUUUGACUACUCCACCAAGGAGGACACCAUGAAGGCCCUGAGAGGAAUCUCCUACAUGAGUGGAGGAACGGCCACCGGAUCGGCUAUCAGCUACGCCACCCAGAACCUGUUCAGAAAUGCUAGGCGGGGUCACGAUUUUCUCGUUGUGGUGACAGACGGCCAAUCGUACGACGACAUCACGGGUCCAGCGAUGGCGGCGCAGAGACAAGGCAUCACCAUCUUCUCGGUGGGCGUGGCCUGGGCACCCCAGGAUGACCUCAGAGCGAUGUCAUCAGAGCCAAAAGAUCGCCACACCUUGUUCAGCCGAGAGUUCACCGGCCUUCUGGACUUCAUCCCGCUCAUGGUUCGAUCCAUCUGCCAGGACUUCAUGGAGAGCAGCGAGAUUCGGCCGUGAGCCUCAGACCAGAAGAUUUUUCUGACCAGGACUGAACGCCGCUGGUCCUGGAGACACGCAGAAGACGCCACAGCGACUGAGGAAUGACUCCAGCAUGAGCUGUUUUAGGAGAACCCGUGAACUUUGAUAGAUGGGCUUUUUUUAAUCUUUACAGACGAUCAUUGAUCUCUCAGGACCCUGAAGGCCACAUCUUUGAUUUUCUUCAGCUUUUCUUCCAGACGCUGAUCUAACAAAAUGCAUUGAUUGAAAUACAUUUCAUGUUUGCCUUUACAUCUCAGUGAUCGAUUCCUCUUUAAAAAUCUCAAAUUAACCUGUUGACCUCGAACGCACCAGAAUAAAAAAAAAACAGAACCUUUUAUUUUCUAGAUAUAUGUUCGUUUCUGUGUCUAUCCCAUGCAGCUGCAUCUAUCAGUUCUGCUCGAUAUUCUCAAAUCUUCUCAGUUUCAACAUUUUUAAAAAAUCUUUUUAAAUUGUGGAUCAUUGAGCUUCAGGUUUGGUUGAAUUCCAUCAUUUACAUCGACGUACAGAGAACUUCAUGAUUCUGCACAAAUCCUGAAGCUGUAAAAAGAAGCCCACACCACUAGCACUCCACCCCCAUGCUGUCCCCUUUAUUUGGGACAUAUUUGGGUUUUUUUCUGUAGAAUAAACUUCAUACGUCCAAGUUAAUGUACAUUACUCAAAUCAUUUUUGAUGUUUUCUCUGUUGAUUUUAAAAUCUUAAUGAAUAAAAAGUUGUGCUGGAAUGACAAUAAAUGAGUUGACGAGCAGUAAAGUGUUCAUGUACACCAUUUAAUAAUUAUCAUAGACAUUUUAUAUACAUUUGAACAGCUGAACUGCAUGGUGAGUCUUUAAAGUUUGUUCAUACUUUAUAAACAAAAGUCCAAACCUGCAAAUGAGCAGAACUUUAAUGUUUCACUUUUUUUUUUGGGAAGACUAGAAAAAAAACUGUCUGGUAUCACUCAUGCAAACACAAACAGGACGGAGGUACCGAGUUGAUCUUAGCGUUGCUGAAAUGGGUUUUAUCCACCGAAGUUAAAAAAAAAAAAGUAAACAAAAA